AUGGCAUCACAGUUCAUUAAGAAGUCAACUGGUAUCACAGGUAUCGCAGUACAACCACAUGCUAGAAGGAUACUGUCAGAUCUAUACCAAAAGACACUGCGCGAACUUAGAAAGAUCGAUCAGCAAUCAUUCUAUCGUACAAAGACCGAGGAGAUCACUCAGUUCAGAUAUGAUGUUGUUCAGCGCGAGACUGACAUCUCCAAGAUCGAAGAGACCAUCUUUGCUGGCCAGGUCGAGGAGUUGAUCAUGCAGGCAGAGAACGAGCUCAAGGUCAUCGACAUGGUUGCCAAGGACAGACUGUGGGAGUUGGAGGACAAGAACAAACCACCAAUGAUGAUGUACUAUAACAAGUAA